GUAACCUAGCAAUAAGCUUUGUCACGUGCACACGCACACUGCGCGCACUUCACCUCCUCAGUAUCUCGCACCUCAUGCAGCCGGCCCGGACCUGGCUAUUGUGCUCCUGUGAUCCACUCAUUGUCCUUUAGUUCUACCCACAGCGCUGCACGCUCACACGCCCCUCCAAAACAGCCCGUUAUGCCCUAACCCGUUCGGCUUUCACUUCUCCCAACUGCAGCCAUUCCAACUUUGCUCACAAGGCGCUUGUCCAGCGAGCGGACACACACCUGCACCAACCGCAUGGGGCACAGGGGCAUCCCGAUGGCUCCGUACUGGGCAGCAACUUGUGCCGGCAGAAGAGAGCCCGCAGCUUAAUCCGGUAUUAUACUCACUCUCCGAACUGCCGUCGGCACUUACAUUGCAGGAUACAGGCACAGCGUCUCCCCAUCACACACAGGUGCAAGCGGAUCAUAUAGGCGGCUGCUGCUGCUGCUACCACUGAUCCGGGAGACACAGGGAGAGGGGACGCACAUGUGCACCUGUGGGAGCUGCUAGCUGUCAUCCAGGUGCAGUCAUAUGGAGGCAAGAAUUGAGAAGAUGAGAAAAUGAAUGAAGAAAAAGUGUUGGAGAUUGUUGGUGCAGUGGAUUUUUCUGGUCUCAACACUGGAUUAAUUUGAUACUAAUAAUUAUGAGGCUAACCUGCAUGUUUUCCUUCAUCUUGCUGUUUGGAGCAGCAGGCCUUAUUGUUUUCAUUCACUUACAGGAUCCAGCAGAAAUGGUUCACCAACAAAGACUGGCACCAGAGCCCUGGCUGAAUGGACACCUGAAAGGAAUGAAAUUUGAAUUUUCAUUGCAUCAACCAGAAAAGGACUGUACAGCGAAUAAUCAAUACGGGGACACGAUGGAAAAUGCUGCAAAACAACUGAUGAAGAUAAACCAAGUUGUCCCUUCAUAUCCACCAUAUCAGUACGCAGCCAUGCUGCAGAAUACUAACAGGAGGCAGAAAAAGAUGAUGUUUCUGAAGAGAGAGAAUAAAAAAUCCACAGAGAGGAAACUGCUAAAGAAAAAAUCUCGCUUCCUCCUCAAGGAAACGCCAAUUCUCAUCGCCAUGAACAGCUCGGCUGUCGAUCUUACCCGGCUGGAAAUUGAUGACAAAAAUGGCAAAUGGAAGAAACUUUAUGAGAUGCAAAUAGAACGGAAAAAGCUCAUGCGGGACAUAUGUUCGAAGUAUAAGAGCAGCAGCAGGAGGAUUAUAACACCAUAUCACGUCUCACGGAUUUUUGUAGAAGACAAACAUAAACUUUUAUAUUGCGAAGUUCCAAAAGCAGGCUGCUCCAACUGGAAACGCGUCUUGAUGGUGCUAAAUGGAUUAGCCUCUUCCACCAAGGAUAUCCAUCAUAAUACAGUGCAUUAUGGGAAUUAUCUGAAAAGGCUUGAUAGCUUUGAUCGCAACGGAAUCUUCUAUCGCCUUAACACCUACACCAAAAUGAUUUUUGUCCGGGAGCCUUUUGAGAGGCUUGUAUCUGCAUUCCGGGACAAAUUUGAGCAUGCAAAUAAUUAUUAUCAUCCAGUAUUUGGCAAAGCAAUUAUUUCAAAGUAUCGGAAGAAUGCCACAAAGGAAGCCCUGUGGACAGGUUCCGGGGUACAUUUUACAGAGUUUAUCCAAUAUCUGCUUGAUGUUCAUCGGCCAGUGGGGAUGGACAUUCACUGGGAUCACGUAAGCAGACUUUGCAGCCCCUGUUUAAUAGACUAUGACUUUAUUGGGAAGUUUGAAAGCAUGGAAGAAGAUGCAGAUUUUCUCUUGCAUCUGAUUGGCGCGCCCAAAAACUUAACAUUUCCCCGAUUUAAGGACAGACAUUCCAAUGAAGAAAGAACAACGAAUAAAAUUACCCAGCAAUAUUUUGCUCAGCUGUCUCCUACAGAGAGGCAGCGCACCUAUGACUUUUAUUACAUGGACUACCAAAUGUUUAAUUAUUCAAAACCUUUUGAGGGCUUGUACUAAACCCUUGAAAGAAAGAUCAUGUUUUGUAGAAAAUAUUCUCAUCAGGUUUUCUAUUGCUGGGUUUGUAGGAGGCUAAUCUCUUAUUAGCCUGCUAACCAUAUUGGCCAAGGGCUAAAGAAACACA